AUGGCAUCCAAACUUCAUGUUUCUGUGGUUAGUAGCCAAAAGAGUGCCUCCAUCAGUAACAGUGAGAAAUUAAGAGAUAAGAGAAGAGUGGCCAAAAUGCAGACCUCGGCAAGGGCUCAAGCUCAAGCUGCUGAGGUAACUACUCCUAAGGAAAGUUCGAGGACGUCUAAGUUGCCUGAAUUGAUGACCUCUUCAGUGGUCUCCAGCAAGAGGCCUUUCUUCUUGGAAAGAUCCCUUCAGGUCCAAAAGACCCAACCCAAUUCAGCUGGAAAGUUUGGUAAAUUUGGAGGCAAGUUUGUAUGUGAGACUCUUAUUGCUUGUCUCGACCAGCUCGAAGCUGAGUUUGCAGAAGUUCUUCGCGAUGAACACUUUCAGGAAGAGCUAGCGGAGGCACUCAGAGACUACGUUGGGAGAGAAACACCUCUGUAUCAUGCUCGGAGGUUGACAGAGUUCUACAAGAGCAAAAAUCGCGGCGAAGGGGCUGAGAUAUUCCUCAAGAGAGAAGAUCUUUGCCACGGUGGCUCUCACAAAAUGAACAACGCUAUUGCUCAGGCCAUGAUCGCCAAGCGCAUCGGCCGGAAACUCGUCGUGACAGCUACCGCCUCCGGCCACCACGGGAUAGCUGCCGCCUCUGCUUGCGCAAAACUGGGAUUGGACUGCAAAAUCUUCAUGGCGGCUAAAGACAUGGAACAACAACAAUCCAAUGUUCAAUUGAUAAAUUUGUUGGGUGCUCAGGUUGAAGGGGUUGAUGGGCAAUUCAAAGAUGCAGCGUCAGAGGCUCUGAGGAGUUGGGUGGGGAAGGUCGAAGAAAGCUAUCACAUGAUGGGGACAGCGGUGGGGCCCCACCCAUGUCCCACCAUGGUCCGACAUUUCCAGUCGGUAAUUGGAAGAGAAACGAGGAGGCAAGCUCUGGAAAAAUGGGGAGGGAAACCUGACGCGCUGGUGGCCUGCGUGGGGACAGGGUCAAACGCGUUGGGGUUGUUUCACGAGUUCAUCGGGGAUUCGGAAGUGAGGUUGGUCGGAGUAGAGGCCGGAGGGUUCGGGUUGCAGAGUGGAAGACACGCGUCGACUUUGAGUAAGGGAGAAGUGGGCGUUUAUCAUGGAGCCAUGACCUAUCUUCUUCAGGAUGGGGAUGGCCAGACUAUUGAACCAUACUCCGUCGCCGUUGGGAUGCAGUACCCAGCGGUUGGUCCAGAGCUGAGCUUUCUGAAAGAAAUAGGGCGCGCCGAGUUCUACUCAGUAACAAACCGAGAAGCUCUUGAUGCAUAUGAAAGAGUGUGCAGAUUGGAAGGGAUAUACGCAUCGUUGGAGGCAUCACACGCGUUUGGGAUAUUGGAGAAAUUGUUUCCGACUUUACCAAAGGGAGGAAAUGUGGUUGUGAAUUGUGGUGCCCGUGGAGAUGAAGAUGUGGACAUAGUCUACAAAAACAAACUGUUUGAUGGAGCACGUAAACGUACCAUGGCUCAACAACAGGCUGAGCUCCAAGAAAGAGAAGACGUGUGCCUUACGUUGAAAUAUAUGUAA